CUUUCUGUAGUCAGAGAUGAUGAUACCAUUUUUGUUCAGGACAAAUUAAAACCACACCAUAGCCUCGGCUAACCUCAUUAAAAUUCUAAGAAGAGGAAUCAGAAGUUGUUUCUUAUUCUCAAAAUGCAAAUGUAAUGUUUAAAAUAACCUCGGGACUGAGUCAGAGCAGAAAAGGGGGAAGUUGUGAAUGGUCUUCUUUCCAAUGCUGAGCGAAGAAGCAGCAGCAGAAGUGUGAAGUGUGAAGUUUCUGUGUGAAUCGAAUAUUCUUUUUUUUUUUUUAUCGUUAUUGUUGUUUUUGUUGAAGAAGAGCUCCCAUGGAACUGCAGCGUAAAUACCUAUGGCUCUUGGUGAUCUGUGGAAUGAUUUUCACCAGCUUCAUCAUCACACUCAUCUUCGUUUUCAUCAACAGAUGCAUCUCCAGAUCAGGCAAACACGGACUCUUGGCGGCUCAGAGGAGAUCACACUUCAGCAACCACAGCAACAAAUACCAGGAAGGAAACCUGAACCAAGAUAGUGUCCCUCAGCUUCCUCCGCGGACACAGUUUCUCAGUGAGGAGCUUCAAAACUACGAGAACCUGGCUGAGUCACCUGCAGAGAAGACGAAAGACACACACAAUGAUUUUGAUCAGACCAGUCAUGAUUAUGAGGAGUUCAGUGCUAUGAAUAACUAUGAAGAGCCCAACAACACAGACAAUCAGGGCCUGGAGCUAUACAUGCAGCCUGACUAUGUGAAGGUAGACAGCGAGAUGUCUGUGGACAACAUUUCCACAGAGGACUAUGACGACAUUGGAGAUGAAGAUGUGGCAAAGGAGGAGGAGGAGGAGGAGGACUAUGAUGACAUUGGAGAUGACGAUGUGGAAGAGGAGGACUAUGAUGAUGUAUGCUAAGGAACCUAAUAGAGAACUGAAAAUGAAUCCGAGUUCCCCUUUUUUUAAUCUUCAUCCCAGAGAGGACAGAUUCAGAUACAGGAGACUUUGCCUUCGUCAAAUAAGUUUUUAUUUUAUUUAUGAGGCUUCAAAAAGAUUUGCACAAAUUUACAGAGAAAGGGUCAAAGCAAAUCAAAAAAGCAUCAAAAUUAUAGAGAGAAGAUGUAUUUGAAGGUUUGAAUGUGUUUUUAUAAAGAUUACUUUUGAGAGUUGUGGAUGUUGCAAUGAAAUAAACAUAUAUUUAUACGGUAAAUAUCCACAGAUGUUUAAAGUCAGGAAACCAAGCUUGGCUUAUUAGGAUUCAACUGAAACCAAAAUAAAUGAUUAAAAAACC